CAUUGCCAAGAUAUGAGUAUUACCUAGUAUGAGAAACAAUCAUCAGCAAAUAAUUUAAAGCACAACAUAAUAAGCACUUUAUGGACUGUCGCUGGUGAGCAGCAACUCUCUGGGGCUGGUGGCGCCAGGGCAAGAAUUCACCAGGACAGCUGUAGGUAAAGAAAAGCAGAUUUAUUAGAGAAAGUAUGAAAAUAUGUUGCGAGAGUGCAACGGGCAAGUUAGUAAGAGAGGAGCUAACUGCAAGGAAACAAAGGCUGGCCGGGGAUUUUAGGAACAGUACUUCUGCUGUGUGCUGAAGAGGGGUUUGUGCAGUACUGAUAACACUAAGGUUGCAGUGAGCUAACUUGAGUUUUCUAUCAGCCAGAGGUUCGGUGAUAGCUGGACACGGAAAGAUUAUUGAGUUAUUUGUGCAGAAAGGCUGUGUCCUGGACCAUGAAGAAAGGCAGACUUGUAGCUUAUCGGCCUGCUCUUUUUGCUUUCCCUUGGUCCCCUCAACCUGACUUCUUUUCACUAAUUAGGACUCCACAUGGAGGAAAACACUGUUGAGGAGUGUGAAAAGGGAAGUUAAUUCUGACUCUAAAAAUGGAUUUAUAAACUCAUGGAAGAGCUGGCGUUUAAGGGAUUACGCUUUGAAAGAUGUGUAAAACCAAUAAAUGAUGACGGAUUGGGAAGUUUAUGGCAAUUCCAGUUCUUCAGACAAACAAUGGUCCAAGUCUAACAGGAUUGACUACUAUAGCAGCUCAUCUCGUCAAGCAAGCCAACAAAGAAUAUUUGCUGGGGAGUACUGCAGAAGAAAAAGCAAUCGUUCAGCAAUGGUUAGAGUACAGGGUCACUCAGAUAGAUGGACACUCCAGUAAAAAUGAUAUCCACACACUGCUGAAGGAUCUUAAUUCAUAUCUUGAAGAUAAAGUCUACCUUACAGGGUAUAACUUUACCUUAGCAGAUAUCCUAUUGUACUAUGGACUUCAUCGCUUUAUAGUUGACCUGACAGUUCAAGAAAAGGAGAAAUACCUUAAUGUGUCUCGCUGGUUUUGUCACAUUCAGCAUUAUCCAGGCAUCAGGCAACAUCUGUCUAGUGUUGUCUUCAUCAAGAACAGACUCUAUACUAAUUCCCACUAGAAGCUGUCCAUGCCAUACAGAAGAUGUAUUAAAAAUGCUUUAAAUGGAAAAUGUACUCUGGGCCACAGGACUAAUGUAAAUUAAUAUACAGUCAGUCAUUAUUUGUUGAAGUUGAUAGAAUUUUUGAAGUGUAAACUUGUGUCUGAAUGUUUUAUUUGUUCUUUAGUUGAAGUUUUGCAAUUUUUAUGUCAAAAUUCAAUUGCUCUUAAACAAGUUGAGAUCAAGUUAUCAAUUAACCUUGUUUUUAAUAGAUGACAUUUAUUUCAAUAAAAGUUGCAAAUCAGGGGCUUAAUCUUAAAAAAAAUUGGUGGUCCUUUCAAUGGUUGACAUAUUUGACUAUUUAUUAAUCUCUCUUUCAUAUUCUAAAAUUCAUUUUCCCCUUAUGGAUAUUUAUGGUAGUUUGUUAAGAACUGUGAUAAAUUGUGCCAAGGAAACAGGGAAGACAGAUGGAUUUGUUUUAAAUAUUUAUGUGAGCUAGUAAAUGUGGUUGAAAAAAUA